CUCUCUUCUCAAUCUCACUGUUUUCUCCAAAAAAUCUCAUCUUUUUUCAAAAAAUUUCACAUUCAUCAAAAACACAUUCCUCUGGACUUCAUCAACAUUUUCGGCUUUUCCAAGGCUUGAACCGACUUGUAAGCGUUAAAGUUGAGAUCUUUUUUGGAUUCUUCAUCUGCGUUUUGGGUUUUAAGUUAUUUUCUGCUUUUUAUUGUUUUCUGCGUGAGUCUUUUGGUUUCAAAAAAUCUUGAAAAUUUUUGUAGGCUUUGUUCUCAACAGAUAGAUUGGAAGUGUUUUAGUUCUUGAAAGGUAGGGAAGUUACUAUGAGUAGCAGUGGAGUAACAAUGGAGGGAUCACAUGCUCGCUCAGACUACCAUGUGGCUCCAAGGACCAUAGAGAAUCCAAGCCAGGUGAGUGGAUCGGUACCACCACCACCUGUGACUGUGACGCCGUCGCAAGUGGGUUUCACUCCGCCUCCGGCCGAGGCUGCCGGGGUGGAUGGCGCUACCACUUGGAAGAAGAAGAGGGGCAGGCCUAGGAAAUAUGCCCUUGAUGGCUCUGUCACCAAAGUCAUGUCCCCUAAACCGAUUUCUUCCUCUGCUCCGCCACCUGUGGUUAGCUUCUAUGCCGCAGAGAAACGUGGAAAAACCAUUGCCCUGGGUUCGUCUAAGAAGACACAGAACUCUAGAAUAGAGUUGGAAAGUUUAGGUGAAUGGGUUUCGUGUUCUGUUGGUACUAAUUUUACACCUCAUAUUAUCACUGCUAAUGCUGGAGAGGAUGUUACUAUGAAGAUUAUAUCUUUCUCUCAGCAAGGGCCUUGGGCAAUAUGUGUUCUCUCUGCUAAUGGUGUGAUUUCAAGUGUAACUCUUCGUCAACCUGAUUCUUCUGGUGGUACAUUGACAUAUGAGGGUCGUUUUGAUAUACUGUCAUUGACUGGAUUGUUUAUGCCGUCCGACUCGGGGGGAAUGAGGAAUAGAUCUGGCGGAAUGAGUGUUUCAUUAGCAAGCCCAGAUGGUCGUGUUGUGGGCGGUGGAGUUGCUGGUUUAUUAGUUGCCACCGGUCCUGUGCAGAUUGUGGUGGGCAGUUUUCUGGCAGGGAACCAGCAUGAUCAGAAGACCAAGAAACACAAAGCAUGGUCCAAGACUGUUUCACCUACUGCUGCUGCUCCUAUCUCCACUACAGGAGUAGACGAUCCAUAUCGCACUUCCCCUUCUUUCCAUGCAGAUAACUUGUCAAUUCAUCCCGACACGAAGAAUAAGUCUGCUGACGUCCAUGUAGCUGUCACUGGCGAGUAACCUAAUAGAUAGCAUUGAUUGCACAAAAACAGUUUUUGCUGACUUCGUUUUGCAUCAGAUAUCUAUUAAUAACCCUUUUUAAUGAUCUUAGACUUCUUAGUACAUUUCUUGUCUGUAAAUGGCUUACAGGGUGCUUAUUACGGGCCCGGUUUGUGUAGUAACGUAGCUAGAUCAGCUUUUUCCAGCUGCUGUUUUGUUGUAGAAUUUUUGGAUACAUAUAAUUUAUGCCUUGAGUUGAUUUA